AUGUUAUAUGGCAAGCAGUCAGGAGUUUUCGAGUCGAGGGAUUUGGAUGAGGUUUUCUCUUUCCGGGUGUUGGAUGAGAACGUUGUUAUUCAUGCCCAGGGAGUCAUUCUUGGCCAGAAAGUCAUUGUUGCAAAAUACAGAGCAGCGGCAGUGCAGGCUGAUGGUAAUAACGAAAUUGAUCACGACGAAUUCCUUAUGUGUACGUCUGAAGAACAAGGGGGGUUACCGGAUAUACUACUGUGUAUAUGCAUCCAUGGCUUUAUGCGUCUGAUGCCUGAGAUACGGAGAAGCAGAAUCGAUCAUCCUCAAUCACUGAGGAAGUGUACAAGGGUCCCGAGGGCAGUUGGCCGCAGGACAACGCGCUGGGGACGGCUGGGCAGAUCAAUCUGGCGCAGUGGAUGA